AUUUAAACAGAAAAGAGAACUGAAAAGACACUGAGGAACUACGACAUCAUCAACUGACGAACAGUCAUUUGAGGUGGAUUCAUACUCAGACACACUCAUCCUGUCAUGGAUUAUAAAGCAGGAGGCAAAGUGGACAGAGCUGCAGCAUCGCAAUGGAGAAUCAACAAAGAUGGACAGGUGCUGGGCAGAAAAUAUCAUUCAUACCAAAUUUAACCAAGGUUUCCUUCAACCGCGAUGGAAAAGUUUGCUCUUGCUAUCAAAUACAAGGUACAGAUGGAUCCAACCGGCUGGUUUUACUCUGCCUGGGACUGCUGAACGUUGUUUUGCUGAUAACUGCGGUGGUUCUCGGGGUUAACUGUGCCAAAGUCAGAGAGGGUUCCCUCCAUGUUUCACACUCAGCUGUAGCACCGAUCAUCGAUGAGCUGAACUUUCUCCGCAGCAACCACAGUGAUGUGAUCGAAGCUGAAGAGGAAGCCAAGAUCGCCUUAGAGAGGGCAGCUAAAAACCAUGCACAACUGAAGGAGAAAAUCGAGAAGCAGAGGACCAUCAAUGACAAUUAUCAGAAGCAGGUUGAGGAACUGCAAGAAGAGCUGAUACAUCUGCAGUCCAAUAUGUCGGCUUUGGAGGGGACUUGUGGCAGGUGCCUCCCUGGAUGGGUUCUUUACAACUCGUCCUGCUAUUACUUUUCUGUCAUUGAGUCCUCUACUAUCAAAAAGAACUGGCAUGAUAGCAGAGCUGACUGUAUUAGAAAAGGAGCUGACCUGAUUGUGAUCGACAACAAGGAGGAGCAGAGAUUUGUGAGUGACUGCUCUGAAAACGCAAAAACUGGAUAUUCCAUCUUUGAGGACGGAUUCUGGAUUGGUCUCACUGACACAAAGAGCGAGGGGACAUGGGUCUGGAUUAAUAAUGUCACAGAAGUGGAACAAAGGUACUGGAUGGAUCACCAAAUACACUUGAUGUAUGAUGAAAGUUUGUAUAGUGACAGGUUCUACAUUUAUGAAGAACCAGAUAGCGUGGCAUCGAGAGAAGACUGUGCGGUUGCAGUUCAUAGCCCCAGUAAUCCCUGGAAGACACGUUAUCAUGCCAGCUGUCAACGUGAACACAGACACUGGAUAUGUGAGAUGACAUCAAGCUAAAAUAGAGAAGUACUGCCAAAGCAGAAAACACAAGCAUAUGUUUGUAACUCUUCCAAAAAACAAAUAAAACACCUUUUAGAUUGA